AAAAAAUUUUUAAUAAUUUAUGUAAUUAUUAGUUUGCAAUCGUGUACUAACCCGUCACACCCUGCAAUUUUUAAUAAAAAAAAUCAAUUAAUUAAGCGAAAAACAUCUCAAUUAAUUAUCAACUAGAGGGUCUCUAAAAAAAUUGUAAGUGUGGAGCUAAAAAAUAAAAUAAAAUGUUACCAUUUAAACAAGUGAAAAUUAGACACCCAUUGACAAAUCAUUUAUAUAUUAUAUGUAACUGUUUUUUAUGGUUUCUUUUUUCAAAUAGAUCACUUGGAAUUAAAUAAGUAAAAUAAAAUUCAUUUUUAAUAUAAAUACGUAUUGAAAGUAAGGGGUUUUUAACGAGUUUUAAGUCGUAUAAUGUAGGUGGUUUCUCGAGCUGUCUACACGUUUCACCACCACUCUUACCACUUGUACAACUAUUCUUACCACCACUACAACAACCCCAACAGGUCUUGUGUCUUCGAGGGAAAAGGAUAGUGUAUAACUACCCGAUGUGCUAUGUACCCGGAUGCUUCACAACAUCUUAAGGGUCAGUAGAUGUUUAUGGUUUAAACCGACUACAAGUGAUCUUCCCGCCUUAAAUUCUUCAUCAAAUACUAUUCUUGUGCGUACUCAAUAGCAAGAAACCGUUAAUUUUUCAAUAAACAAAAUGUGUUAUACAAAUAUCUCAGACAUCGAAGACAACAUGGAUGACAUUUCUUCUACUUCAUCUUCAAUAAAUAGAAGAAAGACAAAACUUAUUGAACCUAGAAAGAUUAGAAAACCAUUAAUGGAAAAGAAGCGAAGAGCUAGAAUAAAUCAAAGUUUGGAUGAAUUAAAAAAAAUUGUAGUGGAUGCUGAAAAACUCAACGGACAAGAAAUAUCCAGGGUCAACAAGUUAGAAAAAGCAGAUAUUUUAGAAAUGACUGUUAGAUACUUAAAACGUACAGCUUCAACACCAUCAGGAACUGAUAUUUAUAUUGCUGGAUUCAAACAGUGUAUUGAUCAAGUACAAGAACUUAUUUCGGAACAACGGAUAAAUGUAAGACAACAGUCAGGAAUUCGUAUGGUUGAACACUUACAAAGACGCAUGGAACAGUUAACCACACCUAAUAAAUACCCAACAAAUAACUACAUAAACUUAUCUCCAAAACAGACCAAUUUUGACAUUAAUCACAUAAGAAUGGCUGAAAAAUCAAGACACACAGACUUAGAUAAUACACCUGGUUCCAUGUGGAGACCUUGGUAACUUUUUAUAAAGCAUUACAUAUUUUACCAAUUAUUCUUCUAAAACUAUACAUUUCUUUGUUAUGUUAUUAUAUUAUAAUUAUUAUCAAUGUACAAAUGUAAAUUAAUCAAAUAUGUUUAAAUUUGAAAUUAAAGUUUAAUUUAUUUGAUAAAUAUCAUAAUAAUUGAUGCAUUAUGAUCAUGUUAAUUACAUAGAAAUAUUUAAUUAUCGUGGAAAAAAAUAUUACAUUAAAAGAAAAUAAUUUCUCUCAAUUUUGAAACAUACACGUCUUUGAUAUAUUUUGUACUGGUGGUCAUUGUGAUUGAAUCAAAUUUUUAUUAAACUAAGUAAAAAUAAAAAUAAUUUAUUAAUUUAAAUAAAAUUGUAUAAAUCAAC